AGACGAUUACCUCCAACUUUUCCCCCCGUAUACGUUCAUACUCUCUUCAUUUCGUAUAGGAACAUGCAUACAUGCGUAUGCAUCGAUAAAGAUAUAUAGCGUCUUCCUCACGUAUCUCUUUCAGAUCCUCUCCAGCUUCUCUAGGUCUUUGGUGCGAGGCAUACAGGCCUCGAUAGGCGCCGUUUUGCUGGGGUUGCGUAGGAGUAUUUCACCCACCUCCAAGCGUGUAAUUGUACUCGUUUCACCGACGCACUCAGUUUUUCAUUCUGUGUUUUUGUUUUCUCACUCUGCCUUUUUUUCUCUUCUCGGUGACGCUUCAUUGCAAACUUUGCAGUCACCUUACACUUUCAUAGCCCGUUCGUAUCUACCUCUCUGCUUGAUCCGGAGAAGUACCCCGUAAAACACAUAUAUUUACUUUGCUUUUUUUUUCAGUUCACCCUGUUUGUGCGAACGUGUACAGAGCUUUCUGCAAAUUGUAAAGUCAUUUUGACUGCUCCCACGUUUUUUUUUGUUUAAUGCUCACCCAAAUAAAUUUGUAUACAUAUAUAUGUUUUAGAAAAAGCUGCGUACCCGAUUCUUUGCGCAUCUUUUAUCAUUACUAUUUCUUGUGUUGUUCUCCGUCCCUGCCUUUUCCUUUCUUCUCCGCCCAGCAUUCCACCCAUAGAAUCUGUUUCUCUUCUGUUGUUUCUUACCCUCUUUACGUUCCAACCAGUUCCCUGUUAUUGUUGAUUGCAGGUCAAAGGGAUACGAGAGCAGCUCGCCGUUAUACUCAGCUCGUUCGCCGCAUCCAAGUAUCCUUUCUCUUUGCCGUCCUUUUCUGUCCAUGAAUAAUCUGGUGCGCGACGUGAUUGCAUCAGCAGACGCAACGACAACAACCAAAAAGCCAAACGCACCACUGAACACCGUCUUGAAUCAACUAACACUCAUGCGACGCCCACGGCCACUGGGCAGUCCCGGCUUAUACACCCAUCCCGGUCUGCCAUCCGAUGCGGCGAGCAAGGCGAUAAGGAACGUCACGCCCGAGGAGGACGGAGGCGCAGCGAACGUCCCGCCUCGCAUUGCAGGGCUACCCACGGAUCCACAUCAGCCAUUGCCAACCUCCGCUUCUCCACCUCCACAAAACUAUUCGUGCUCGAGGGUGGGCGACGGUGGGCAGGGGCGAUUGGACACAACCAGCAGCGGUGAGGGGAUGCUGGACGCUUCCCGCCGACCUUUCCAUGCACGCCAUGCUUUCUUAACGAAUGGCAUCGACUCUGCGCAAGCGACACCGCAUCUCGGUGCUGAACAUCCGGAUACCACCGCGCCUGAUCCAGUACGCCUUCCAUGUCAUGUAGCGCACGACGGACACGACGCACAGGAUGCAAAUAUGAGCGCACCAAGACAAGAGGUGCAAUCAGCAAACGUACGUGUCGACAGCGCCGGUCCACCGGUCAUGCCGCACAGGGCGCCAUGGUGUUCAGAAGGGAGGGCAGUAGGUGCCGUUAACGGCAGCGAGCACUACGGCAGGUGGGUGGCCAGCACAGACAUCAUGAUGCCCACCCCACCGCCGGAGGACGGGACAGGGGUCCGUCGAUUUGUGCGGGCGUGCGGGGUCACCUCACCACCUCCACAACUGCCCGAUGCGGCCAUCACCACCCGAGACGGCUACUGGCACCCUGUCUAUCCCAUUUCUGCCAACGGCGACGGCAGCGGGCUUCGCAGUCACUCGACGGACUGGUGCGUGCUGCGGCCACCGCUGCCCCGGUGCAGCCCGCUGGACGCCGCGCUGGGCCCGAGGGAGCGGCUGCUGCGCCUUGACGCGCCGAACGUGUUGGCCCUCACGGCGGCACCUUUUCACACGCCGCAGCCCGUAUGCACACCCGCUGCCGCUGCUGCUGGUGCCCGGCCGAGCUCGCACACAUCGCCGCUGUCGCUGGAGGCGCAGACUUCUGGAGAGAGCAGCUUGACGACGGAGCACACCGCCACCAUGGCUCCGCUGAACUCCCCCACCGACAGCGCCGUCUUCUACACAGAGACGAAGGCGCCACUGGAGUCGGCGACACCGGUGAAUCGGUCCAACAGUACGGUGCAGUGGAUUAAGGAUGGCCUGGACGAGGUGCCGCGCAAUGGGAGCCCGACCCCCGGGCUACUCACACGAACCGCGUCCUUUUCGUUGCCUGCUGCUCCGCUUCCGUUGGCCUCCUCCCUCACCACCAUCAUCACCGCGCCGUUGCUGCCCGACGCCGUCCUCCACAGGACGCCGGAGCGCCGCAGCCCAGCACACGUUUCAGCGGAGGCGUCUUCCCGCGCGUCGUCUGCCUCGACGCCCCGCAACUCCACUACCGUCGCGAGCGAAGGUGACAACGUGUGCUGCUGCAUUCUGCCGGUGCUGCCUUCGCCGCCGUCCGACGCGCUGCUGCCGCUUUACGGCACCGACGCCCGACAAGCCGCUGCCGCGACCAGCGUGAUGGAGGCGGUGCAGCGACCCAACAAAGGGCGUGGGCGACGACCGCCAGGUCCACAAUGCUUCUUCCUCUCCGGAGCUGUCGACGGGGGCGGGCGCGGCGUCCAUACGAGCACCAGCGACGUUUCCGCCCCGCAUCUCCCUCCAUUUCCCACCACGCGAUCCUCCGCAGCCGUCCUGCUGCCCUCCAUGCUGUCGACCGACCCACCGCCUGCGAGUACGCGAGCGUCGUUCUUACGACCGCGUGUGGCGGGCAGUAACGCGUCGAACAACUCCUCGAUUCACGAGCCACCGCGCAAGGCGGUGCUGGUGAACAUCAUGACGACCAGCACGACCACGACAUUGCCCGCCGCCCUCUCCAGUGAGGGCACGGACUUUAUCCUCUCCGCCGUGAGCAACCCGGGGCUGUCCGUGUCCCACCCCAUCACGAAUCGUCGCGCCAGCUCAACGGGAGAGACGAGUGGGUCGUCGCUGGCGCUGCAGCCGCGCGUGUUGUCGAUGCGGUGGUUCCGCGGCAGUGAGACCAGCCUCGACGCUCCGUCGCUGCUCUCGCCGAUGGACGUGAGGCUCAGCUCGGAUGCGCCGUCCCCGCACAAAUCCGGGUCAUCGCUACACACCAUCGAGGAGCGGUCUGCGGCGGGGCUUCCGCUGGAGCUGCAGCACCUCCCCGCCAUGGCCUUCGCUGCCCGUGCCUCUUCCUCAUCGCGGACGCUAGGGGCCAGCCACGCACACGCAGAGAAAGAGCAGUCGGUCACCUCUAUCGUCAAGGCGUUGAGCCACAUGGAGUGGGCAGCGCAGCCGCAGCCGGGUCUCCGCGAGGACACCUCUUUCUACAAACAGUCUCUGAUUGAUGUGGCACACAAAAUGGCAAACUUGCCGUCCCCUCCACUGCCAACCGCGGCGGAGCUUUUGGUCAAGGAGCAGCCUGUUUCGUUGAAAGCACCACAAGGGAAGUCGCCAAGGGAGGACGAUCGGAACGCACGCGCGUAG